AUGGGUUCAAGCCAGACAACAUAUGGUGCCGAAUUUACUCCUUUAUCUAUAAAGGUGGAAGCUACUGACGAGGAACAGGAUGUCGAAAGUAUUUUUGGUGGAGGAUCUCCCAACUCGUCCGCAUAUUAUAGGGAAAAAAUAGAUGAAGCCACAUAUCCACGAAGCAGCAUGGAAUCAUUUAACCCCGUCGCCAUGGAAACAUCUAGUUGUCAAGAAAUGACUACUACACUAACUCUGCAUUACGGCUCGGAACCACUUUCCAAAAUUAGGAGGAAAUCUAGUCACUAUUUUUUCCCAUCUUGCUCUAGAAUUAACACAGUCCCCAACAUUUUUAUCAGUGGACCUAUCUUCGUUGCUUUUGAGAAGGAUCAACCGUUGUCAGGACAGAAUUAUUCAGGGGAAAUUAAACCCGACGUGACCACGUAUAACCUUCCCACGGAAAACUGUGUCCUUGACGGAAGGAAUAAAGUGAAGCACCAUUGUUCCGUGUGCGGCAAGGGGUUUUCCACCCCGAAGAAUCGGAUCGCCCAUGAAAUCGUCAAGUGUAACGUGCCCCAUCCUCCGGAACGGUGGAAGCGUCACAUUGUAUCCAAGCAUGAAGGCCAUCAUCCCUACAAAUGUUCCGCUUGCGGGGAUAAAUUCACCUUCAAGAGAAGACUUCAAUUGCAUAAGGAAACGUGCCCAAUUUUUGUUUCAAGUAAUCCAAAAAAUCGGAACGCAAUUUCACUCGUCGAGAAGGAAAUGCGUUACAUUUCUUGCAUCAGACGCUCAUCCUUCGGUGGCGUCAGUGACGUCGUAAUGCAUAGACCGGAAGCUCGGUCUUAUGACCGGAACACAAAUCCAAAGCCGGUCAAAACCUUCUAUUGUGGUCGCUGCGUCCAAGUUUUUGACCGGUAUACGAAAUUGUACGCCCAUCUCCUCGGAGUUCACGGCGACAUUGAGAAAUCGAUCAGGGGCAAGUACCCCUGCUCCGUGUGUGGGGCGUUGCUUAGUUCCGCAAGUCAGCGCGCGGGUCACGAGGCCGUCGUGUGUCACGUAGUCCAUCCCCCCAGUCGGCUGAAGGAGUUGGGCGUCAAAAUUGAGCGUUGUACGGUAUUCCCGUGUGGAAAAAUGUUUUGGAAGGAGAAGGAUUUGGAAAACCACAUUUUGACCUCACACAAGGGAAUGAUUCCAUACAUUUGUCGCCACUGUGGGAGUAAUUUUAGCUUAAAGGAGACCUUAGAAGGGCACGAGAAAACUUGUGAAAUUUUAUUUUCUGACCAUUCAGAUGCACAGGGAGGAAACCAUGAGGAAACACAAAAUUAUACCGAAGAUAAUCCUUUUAAAUCAACGCUUGUAAAUUCCAAUGCGAAUCCGGAUCUCGAUAAAAUUCACUGCUAUAGCGACAAGGAAAAUCAAAAUUUUGACGAAGAUAAAACGCUUCUAAACACGAACCCAGAUCUCGAUAAGCUUCAAGCCUUCGUUAAAAUUGAGACUGAAUCUUCAUCUUAUGACGACACCUUCGAACACUCCUCCUCGAUCGAUAUUGUUGACAGUAUUUAUAUCGGUGCGGUACCUCCCACCUUCAAAGAGGAAGAUGAUAAUGUGGAAAUAACGAUGAGUCUACCUGUAGCAAAGGCUGUGUCCCACACGAAGAAACAGUUAGACAGGAAGACCCGCAAAGGUGACGAAAUCAGAAAAUGUCUCGUCUGUGAGAUAUCAUUCGACAACGGGAGCAAUCAUCUCCUCCAACACGUCCAUGUCAUGCAUCGUCACGGCCCGUGUCCGUGUUCCGUAUGUGGGAAGGUUUUGUUAUCACCAAAAUCGUGUGCCGGUCAUGAAGUGACCAAGUGCAAUGUGACCCAUUCCACUGAUCUGUUGAGCAAGUUGGGCGUUAUUAUAUUGCCCUGUCCUGUGGAAGGAUGUGGAAAAUUGUUUUGGGUGAAGAACUACCUCAUGAUGCAUGUUUUAAGACAUCACGAUGGUGAGGGGUUGGGUUGUUUCUCGGGGAUAGGGAAACAAACUAGUAUUUAGUAAUACUGUCAGCGAAGAUCUA